AUGUCUUGUGGUUGUGAGACCACAUCCCUUCGAUCUGAGGACAUUGGGCGGAUUGAUCAUCGGUGCCUUCGCACUGACCAGUGUGCAACGCAGGACAUCACGCAUCUUGGAAGUUGUAUUAGUUCUGAUUGUAGUGUGACAGAUGAGGUGAAUGCACGAAUCUGCAAGGCUCGGGCCGCGUUUGCUAACUUGAGACACCUAUGGCGUCAGAAUGGUUUAUCCCUGAAUCUGAAGGGACGUGUGUAUCAAGCUACAGUACGGGCUGUUCUGUUGUAUGGCUGUGAGACUUGGCCUAUUCGAACAGCGGACCUGAGACGCCUUCAGGUGUUCGACAAUCGUUGUCUCAAAACCAUAGCUCGU